CGGCUCUGUCGCCGGUUUCCCCCGCCCCUCCUCUUGCAAGUACGGCGAGUAGAGAGGGACAAAACUUCCGCGUUAGACGCAAGCUGCGCCUGACAACUACCGCCAUUUCAACCGGAGACGCGAAGGCCGUCAUCUCAGGAGCCCGGACUCCGCCUCUCGCAAUGCUGCGGUGGCUGAUAGGAGGGGGGCGCGAGCCGCAAGGGUUGGCCGAGAAAUCUGUACAGACCAUUGGUGAAGAACAAGCUCAGAAUCCUUACACCGAGCUUCUUGUGCUGAAAGGUCACCAUGAUAUAGUGCGAUUUCUAGUGGCAAUUGAUGACUACAGGUUUGCAUCUGCUGGUGAUGAUGGAAUUGUAUGUCUCUGGAAUGUUCAGACUGGAGAAAAGUUAUUUGAACUGCAUGCACAUACACAAAAAAUUACAGCUCUUGCAGCUUUACCUCUGUCAGAUAGUUGUAAAGAAAAAUGCCAUAUGAUUUUGACAGCAAGUGCUGACAGAACUGUAGUUGUUUGGGAUUGUGAAAAUGGCAGGCAGAUUCACAGAGUAUCCUGUUUUCAUUCCAUCGUAAAGUGUUUGACUGUUCUUCAAAGGCUGGAUGUAUGGCUUUCUGGAGGAAGUGAUUUGUGUGUUUGGAACCGAAAAUUAGAUCUCUUAUGUAAGACAAGUCAUCUAACUGAUGCAGGUAAAAAGGGAAUACAGCAUGUCAAUACCUAUAUCAGUGUUAUGAUUGAAUUGCCGAAAAAUUGUGUGGCAGCAGCUGCUGGCAAAGAACUGAUAAUUCUAAGAUUAAAAGCUUCCAGAGAUGGAACUGAAUGGGAUGUGUCUGAAAUAAAACGGCUUAUUGAUCAUCAAGAUAAUAUUGUGUCAUUGGUCAGGGUCAGUGAUUUGAUUUUUGCAACUGGCUCCCAUGCGGGUGAAAUGAUUGUCUGGGAUUCAUUGGACUGGACAAUGCAAGCAUAUGAAUGCAAUUGGGAUGCAUCCCUUCAUGUGAAUCCACAGCAAGAAAUAAAAUUAUCACAAAGUCAAAGUGAAAUGUCAAUUCAGGAUUUAACUUCUGAUGAGGAGUGUGUGUUUGCUGCUGUUGGCAAGGGCAUAUAUGUAUACAACCUUCAGAUGAAACGUGUGAUUGCCUUCCAGAAGACUGCUCAUGAUUCCACUGUCCUGCACAUUACAAAAGUUCCAAACAGGAAAUUAAUAUCCUGUUCAGGAGAUGGUAGUGUUCGUAUAUGGGAAUUACAUGAAAAACAACAUCUUACAGCGGAACCUGUUCCAUCAGGUUUUUUCAGUAUCUGGGGAUUUGGUAGGACAAGCAAACAAGCAAAUCACACAGCUAAAAAAGCACCAGAGAGUACUACUACUUUUUCCCUCAACCUUACCGGGGAUCUGAUUGGACACUCUGCAGCUGUGCAGAUGUUCCUUUACUUUGGUGAACAUGGCCUAGCAACAUGCUCUGCUGAUCACCUUAUUAUUUUGUGGAAAGAUGGAGAACGAGAGUCUAGAUUGCGCAGCUUAAUAUUAUUUCAUAAGUUAGAACAAACUGAAGAUUGCACUUAAGGUCAGAGAUGAAGUAAUGUAUAAAAUAUAAGUAAUUUUAAAUAUUUGGUGCACUGGCCUUCCUAUUUAGCCCACAAUGCCUUAGUCAAGGACAUUUCCAAAUUUUGGAUUCUUCACCAGAUAAAUGCACCAAGAUUCUGACGCUGUCUUGAAGAGGUGCUUCAUUUGUUCCUUAACUUUUGCUACAGAAAAAGAUGAAGGACAGGUGAAACAAAGGACCCAGUGUAUAUACGGCUUGAAUUCAGUCACUAACUCUCCAAAUUUUUGUUUGCCCCUUCCUUUUUUCCAAAAUGAGGAGUUUAAAAGAUCUGGCUGCUCCUCUUUGAGAGUUAGGUGAUGCUGGUGGGUAGGACUUAAUUCCUGGCUACUGUCAUUUGGCCCUCUCCCUUGAGCUAAAUCUUUUUAUUUUUGAAGCAAGAUAGCUUUUUAAAUCAGAAUAGCAUAUGUUAGCGGAAGAAUGUUUUUGCCAGUCUCUAUGAAAUAAUGACAUUAGAUGCUAGGGCUGUGUAGCACUUUGGAUUUGAAGGCAUAGGUGUUUCAGAGGCUGUGGGGACAUCUGUCCGUAGUUACUUAGAGCAGCUGAUUCAAGUCCCAGGACUACAUGACUGCCCUUUGCCAGAUCCCAGGAAAAGCUGAAUUUGGUUUAAGGAAUGGCAGACAGAUGUUAUAUGAGUACCCACAUGCUCCAAAGCACCUUUUUGACUUUGAAUCCAAAUCACUGUACAGCCCUAUUAGACACGAAAUAUUAGACUAGAAUGGAGAAUAUUAUUUCAAAGAAAUAGCAUUUGAUGAAAGAUAAUAGAAGCAAUCAAUUGGUAUUUCAUUUUGCAGACCUUGCAUUGCUCUAAUUUAACAUAGAGCAUCAUGAGUACACUUACUAUGACUUUAUGCCAAACUUUGGGAUUCUGGCCAGACAAGUCUUCAGUGAAUUUCUGUGCUAAUUUAUAGUUAUUCCACAUUAUUUGUGAGUUUGAAGGGUCCUCUCUGUCAGGAAGCAACAGUUGAGGAUCUGUGGAUUGUCAAGCUGUUCUUUCCCCAUAUACGUCAUGGGAAUAAAUGGAAUGUUGAGGCAGACUUCUAUAGAGAAUUGAGUAGGGCUUUAGAGAUAUUUUGCAGAUUUGUACAAAAUAAACUUUUUUAGGCAAAGGAUCUCACUGAAUGAUUUGCCAGCUCAAGUAUUUUGACAAGGUAGUGUAGUCUAUAUUUAUUUUUCAAAGUCUAUAUUACAUAGGAUAGUUUGUAAGCAAAAAACGUUAUUGUGCAAGUCAGUAGAAGUAUAUACUGUAUGUGCAAAACCAGCUCUGAUGAGGAAUUCUGCAUGCCAAAAUUUUUUGCUAACAAAGCACUACAAGUAAAAUACAGGAGUGUAGGAUUCCUGAAACUCAGGGCUUUUGUCUUCAUUGCUUAUUAUUUUGUGACUGAUAAACUGAAUAGUGUCAAUGCAGAAAAAUAAAAUAUGGGCAUGUUUAUAAA